AUGCCGCCCGCCCGCCCGCGGGGGGCCGGGACCCCGGGGCCGCCGCCCGCCCUCCCGCCCGCCCGCCCUCGGGGGGGGGGGGGAGGGGGAGGGGGGGGGGGGGAACCCCGGGGUCGCCGCCGGGGAGGGGCUGCGGACGCGGCGGCGGCCGCCGCCGCCCGCCCGCCCCCGUGGGGGGCCGAGACCCGCCCUCCCGCCCGUCCGCCCGCGGUGGGGCCGGGACCCCGGGGCUGCCGCCAAGGAGGGGCUGCGGGCGCGGCGGCGGCCGCCGCCGCCCGCUCUCUCGCCCGCCCGCCCGCGGGGGGCCCGGGACCCCGGGGCCGCCGCCGGGGAAGGGCUGCGGGCGCGGCCGCCGCUGCCGCCCUCCCUCCCGCCCGCCUGCCCGCCGGGGGGCCGGGACCCUGGGGAGGGGCUGCGGGCGCGGCCGCCGCCACCGCCGCCCGCCCGCCCGCGGGGGGCCCUGGACCCCGGGGCCGCCGCCGGGGAGGGGCUGAGGGCGCGGCCGUAGCCGCCGCUGCCGCCGCCCGCCCGCCCGCGGGGGGCCGGAACCCCGGGGAUGGGCUGGUGGCCUUGGCAUCCCAUCCUUCAUGGAAAAGGGUUUCCAGUUUGGUAACUCUCCCCGGGCGUGGACGAGACAGCUCAUGCAGAAGUGGUCACGAGGAGGGUGGCAUGGGAGGAGCAACGAUGUUUCGUGACUUUGUCGUGCUGCUGAACCCGGCCCCGGCCCAGGCCCCGUCCCCGGCCCCCGGCCUCGGCCCGGGCCCCGGCUCUCGGCCCCCGGCCUCCCCCGGAGGAGCAAGGCGGCGGAGGCGGCGGCGGCCCCGGCCCCGGCCCAGGCCCCGGCCGCCCCCGGAGGAGCACGGCGGCGGCAACGGGCCAGGCCCCGGCCCCCGGCCGCCCCUGGAGGAGCACGGCAGCGGCAGCGGCCCCGGCCCCGGCCCCGGCCCCCGGCCGCCCCCCGAGGAGCACGGCGACGGCGGGAGCACGGCGGCGGCGGCGGCCCCGGCCCCCCGGCCCCCGGCCGCCCCCGGAGGAGCACGGCGGCGGCGGCGGCCCCGGCCCCCCGGCCCCCGGCCGCCCCCGGAGGAGCACGGCGGCGGCGGCGGCCCCGGCCCCCCGGCCCCCGGCCGCCCCCGGAGGAGCACGGCGGCGGCGGCGGCCCCGGCCCCCCGGCCCCCGGCCGCCCCCGGAGGAGCACGGCGGCGGCGGCGGCCCCGGCCCCCCGGCCCCCGGCCGCCCCCGGAGGAGCACGGCGGCGGCGGCGGCCCCGGCCCCCCGGCCCCCGGCCGCCCCCGGAGGAGCACGGCGGCGGCGGCGGCCCCGGCCCCCCGGCCCCCGGCCGCCCCCGGAGGAGCACGGCGGCGGCGGCGGCCCCGGCCCCCCGGCCCCCGGCCGCCCCCGGAGGAGCACGGCGGCGGCGGCGGCCCCGGCCCCCCGGCCCCCGGCCGCCCCCGGAGGAGCACGGCGGCGGCGGCGGCCCCGGCCCCCCGGCCCCCGGCCGCCCCCGGAGGAGCACGGCGGCGGCGGCGGCCCCGGCCCCCCGGCCCCCGGCCGCCCCCGGAGGAGCACGGCGGCGGCGGCGGCCCCGGCCCCCCGGCCCCCGGCCGCCCCCGGAGGAGCACGGCGGCGGCGGCGGCCCCGGCCCCCCGGCCCCCGGCCGCCCCCGGAGGAGCACGGCGGCGGCGGCGGCCCCGGCCCCCCGGCCCCCGGCCGCCCCCGGAGGAGCACGGCGGCGGCGGCGGCCCCGGCCCCCCGGCCCCCGGCCGCCCCCGGAGGAGCACGGCGGCGGCGGCGGCCCCGGCCCCCCGGCCCCCGGCCGCCCCCGGAGGAGCACGGCGGCGGCGGCGGCCCCGGCCCCCCGGCCCCCGGCCGCCCCCGGAGGAGCACGGCGGCGGCGGCGGCCCCGGCCCCCCGGCCCCCGGCCGCCCCCGGAGGAGCACGGCGGCGGCGGCGGCCCCGGCCCCCCGGCCCCCGGCCGCCCCCGGAGGAGCACGGCGGCGGCGGCGGCCCCGGCCCCCCGGCCCCCGGCCGCCCCCGGAGGAGCACGGCGGCGGCGGCGGCCCCGGCCCCCCGGCCCCCGGCCGCCCCCGGAGGAGCACGGCGGCGGCGGCGGCCCCGGCCCCCCGGCCCCCGGCCGCCCCCGGAGGAGCACGGCGGCGGCGGCGGCCCCGGCCCCCCGGCCCCCGGCCGCCCCCGGAGGAGCACGGCGGCGGCGGCGGCCCCGGCCCCCCGGCCCCCGGCCGCCCCCGGAGGAGCACGGCGGCGGCGGCGGCCCCGGCCCCCCGGCCCCCGGCCGCCCCCGGAGGAGCACGGCGGCGGCGGCGGCCCCGGCCCCCCGGCCCCCGGCCGCCCCCGGAGGAGCACGGCGGCGGCGGCGGCCCCGGCCCCCCGGCCCCCGGCCGCCCCCGGAGGAGCACGGCGGCGGCGGCGGCCCCGGCCCCCCGGCCCCCGGCCGCCCCCGGAGGAGCACGGCGGCGGCGGCGGCCCCGGCCCCCCGGCCCCCGGCCGCCCCCGGAGGAGCACGGCGGCGGCGGCGGCCCCGGCCCCCCGGCCCCCGGCCGCCCCCGGAGGAGCACGGCGGCGGCGGCGGCCCCGGCCCCCCGGCCCCCGGCCGCCCCCGGAGGAGCACGGCGGCGGCGGCGGCCCCGGCCCCCCGGCCCCCGGCCGCCCCCGGAGGAGCACGGCGGCGGCGGCGGCCCCGGCCCCCCGGCCCCCGGCCGCCCCCGGAGGAGCACGGCGGCGGCGGCGGCCCCGGCCCCCCGGCCCCCGGCCGCCCCCGGAGGAGCACGGCGGCGGCGGCGGCCCCGGCCCCCCGGCCCCCGGCCGCCCCCGGAGGAGCACGGCGGCGGCGGCGGCCCCGGCCCCCCGGCCCCCGGCCGCCCCCGGAGGAGCACGGCGGCGGCGGCGGCCCCGGCCCCCCGGCCCCCGGCCGCCCCCGGAGGAGCACGGCGGCGGCGGCGGCCCCGGCCCCCCGGCCCCCGGCCGCCCCCGGAGGAGCACGGCGGCGGCGGCGGCCCCGGCCCCCCGGCCCCCGGCCGCCCCCGGAGGAGCACGGCGGCGGCGGCGGCCCCGGCCCCCCGGCCCCCGGCCGCCCCCGGAGGAGCACGGCGGCGGCGGCGGCCCCGGCCCCCCGGCCCCCGGCCGCCCCCGGAGGAGCACGGCGGCGGCGGCGGCCCCGGCCCCCCGGCCCCCGGCCGCCCCCGGAGGAGCACGGCGGCGGCGGCGGCCCCGGCCCCCCGGCCCCCGGCCGCCCCCGGAGGAGCACGGCGGCGGCGGCGGCCCCGGCCCCCCGGCCCCCGGCCGCCCCCGGAGGAGCACGGCGGCGGCGGCGGCCCCGGCCCCCCGGCCCCCGGCCGCCCCCGGAGGAGCACGGCGGCGGCGGCGGCCCCGGCCCCCCGGCCCCCGGCCGCCCCCGGAGGAGCACGGCGGCGGCGGCGGCCCCGGCCCCCCGGCCCCCGGCCGCCCCCGGAGGAGCACGGCGGCGGCGGCGGCCCCGGCCCCCCGGCCCCCGGCCGCCCCCGGAGGAGCACGGCGGCGGCGGCGGCCCCGGCCCCCCGGCCCCCGGCCGCCCCCGGAGGAGCACGGCGGCGGCGGCGGCCCCGGCCCCCCGGCCCCCGGCCGCCCCCGGAGGAGCACGGCGGCGGCGGCGGCCCCGGCCCCCCGGCCCCCGGCCGCCCCCGGAGGAGCACGGCGGCGGCGGCGGCCCCGGCCCCCCGGCCCCCGGCCGCCCCCGGAGGAGCACGGCGGCGGCGGCGGCCCCGGCCCCCCGGCCCCCGGCCGCCCCCGGAGGAGCACGGCGGCGGCGGCGGCCCCGGCCCCCCGGCCCCCGGCCGCCCCCGGAGGAGCACGGCGGCGGCGGCGGCCCCGGCCCCCCGGCCCCCGGCCGCCCCCGGAGGAGCACGGCGGCGGCGGCGGCCCCGGCCCCCCGGCCCCCGGCCGCCCCCGGAGGAGCACGGCGGCGGCGGCGGCCCCGGCCCCCCGGCCCCCGGCCGCCCCCGGAGGAGCACGGCGGCGGCGGCGGCCCCGGCCCCCCGGCCCCCGGCCGCCCCCGGAGGAGCACGGCGGCGGCGGCGGCCCCGGCCCCCCGGCCCCCGGCCGCCCCCGGAGGAGCACGGCGGCGGCGGCGGCCCCGGCCCCCCGGCCCCCGGCCGCCCCCGGAGGAGCACGGCGGCGGCGGAGCACGGCGGCGGCGGCGGCCGCGAGUAUUACCACCACUUACCCUGGCCAUGCUUCCUACUGUGA